AUGAUGUUACCACGCCGUCUGUUGUAUUUAUUGGCUUUGCUUCUCAGUGUUGCCUCUGUAUGUUCUGCGUCUGGAGAGAUUCUACCUGCUGUAAUUGUUCCUUCUGGUGAACCGGAAUAUCUUGUGGUUAAUUUUGGUAUUGCUAAUUAUAGUCGUCGUAAAAAUAGAGAACCAGCAAAGGAAAUCCCUAAUGCUCAUAAAGAUUUACCACAACCACCUCAGGAAAGCGUACAAGCGUUGAAAGAGGAUACUGGUCCUAGUGGUAACCAGAAUGUUGCUUCUGGUGGUAAACCCGGUGAUAAAGGCCAGAAAGAGCAAAAGAAGGCUGCGGAAGGGUUGGGAAAAGAGGCAACAGAGAAAGAAAUAACUAAGGAACAUCAAGAUUCUGCGGUGGGUAAGAUAGAUGAUCCUACUGGAAAACUUCAGGGAAUUCAAACACAACAAUUAUCUGAAGCCGCCCCAAGUUCUUCUUUGUCUGUUGUUUCUUCUGCACCACGUGCUGGUGACCCAACAAAAAGUGAAGAAACCUUAUCUAAGCAGAGUGAGAGUGGUGGUCCCGCACAAGAUACUAGUAACCAAAACGAUAAACUUCAAGGUGAAAACACACAGAGCAACGAAAGCGAUAUAAAGGAUGGACCUCAAAAUACAUCAAACUCUACUUUUUCUACUGAACCCAGUACUAGUAAUUCGGAGACUCAUGAAAACAGUACUACGAAGGAACAAACACACUCUACACAGGACUCUCCAUCAACCACUGAUACAGGUGAGACCACUAAAGCCGAAAAC